AUUUUGCAAAAAUGAAAUCAAUAUCAUUCAAAAGAUAAAUUUAUUGAGAGUAGGAAACCGUUUGCACCUAAGCUUUCAUAUUAAUGGUUUUAUUCAAAACAUUACUUUUAAGAAACGCAUGUAUGAGAUUUUUACAAAUUUUAUAUGGAAAAUAGAAGGGGAAAGAUGACGAGAUGAUAGCAUUAAACAUCAUGUUAGGAACGAAUCAAAAAUAAAAAUCAAAUUUAAUUUAAAAAUACCGUAUGAUGAAUCAAAUGUUGAUCUUCGGUAAUAUUUUUGCACCUAAGGUUACUUAUUUUUAGUAAUUCUGUUAUUAAGUAAAAUGUGUACAUGCCCUUCUUAUUUCUAUAUAGAAAAUCUGACGGCUAUCGAUUAUUGGCCGGAGGAAUAUUCUUCGGUAUGUGUAAAAAUUGAAUAUUCAAAAAUGUAUCUUUGAAAAAAAAAUUAAAAGAUUUUGUAAUCAGUAGCCUGGUUACUGUUAACUAUAAAUCGUACAUUCGGCUAAAUUAUCUCAUUCGGUAAUCCCGUUUUCUUGUUUCGAUUUAGAAUCUUCAUAAGGUGUUGAUUAACGAUAUUGAUAUUGUAAACUAUUUGUUUAGAUGACUAAAGUUGAUCGUAUAAAGCACAUGUCAUUAUGUUAAAUAUUAACAACUGGACUAACACACAUUUUAAAUUCAACCAGUGUUUCAAUUUUAGGGAGUUUUCACAUACAAGUGGUAAAACAUCGAAAGGUAAAACUAGGACAAUUAUGUAUUUCGAUCAAUGUCACUUUAAUGUUAGACUGAAGUAAUUUGAGAAAUCCACCGAUAAUCUAUACAAUAACAAGUCUAAAACGUGCGUCGUCUGGUUAAUCGUUAACUGUCGCCUAACUGGUUUUUUCUCAGUAGUAUGAUGGGUUUUAAUAUCAAUUUGGUAUCUGAAAGAAUUAAGAAAUAUAUUUUUAAUAAUAAGUAAAAUAAUCGGGAAAAUGGAAUCAUCUUCAAGCACGAGCGACCAAUAUGCUCAAAGUGAAAGUGAUUUUAAUGCAACAGCGCGGGAUCAUCUGAAUUAUACGGAAUGUUCUGGUGAUCAAAAUAGUGUGACAGUGUUCUCAUUGACAAAACAUAAAAGGGACAAAGCUUUUAGAAGACUUAUUAUCGCGCUCAGUAAGGAACUAAGUCCAGGUGAAUUCGAAACUGCAAAGUUUCUUUUCGGAGGAGAAAUAAAGAAAGGGAAAAUGGAAAGAUUAAAGACGUUGAUAGACCUUUGUGUUGUCCUACAAGAAAGAUGUAUAUUAGAUGAGAACAAAUUGGGUUGCCUUCUGGAACUUUUCGAAGAGUUAGGAAGGCCUGAUCUUGUCGAGCUAGUGAUGAAAUAUGAGGGCAAUUUUAGUGAUAUAACGUAUGCAACAGGUAUUUUCAAUUUAUAUAUUGCAUAUUAA